AUGGCUACGCCGGGUUGGGAGUACGCUGGAGUCCGUCUUUCUAUUGACAAUUACAUUAUUCCCGAAGAUAAACUGUCCCCGACACCAUCAGCAUCAGAUGGAAUCGAUGCGGAGACAGAGGGAGAUUUGCGGUUCCUUGGCUGUGAGCUAAUACAGGAUUCCGGAUAUUUACUAAAAUUGCCUCAAAUGGCGAUGGCAACUGCGCAAGUACUUUAUCAAAGGUUUUUCUACUCGAAGUCAUUUGCGAGGCACUUCUAUGAGGUAAUUUUUUACCCUUUCCAUAUUCUGUACUUAGCAUUAUUCAAUGGCUUCUAUCUUUUUGGCCGCCAAGAUUGAAGAGUGCCCAAGGCGGAUUCGCGAUGUGAUUAACGUAUUUCAUCACAUACGUCAAGCCCGUGAAGGCCGGUUCGUCUUCUGAUCCGACUUAUAGGGUUUAGGCCCUUCACCCCUGUCCUUCUAGAUCAAAGUUACAUCAAUCUUAAGAAUCAGGUUAUUAAAGCUGAGCGUCGCAUACUGAAGGAACUUGGAUUUUGUGUUCACGGCAAACAUCCACACAAGGUUUGUUUCGGCUACUCUUGUAUGACGUUUUAGCUUGUCAUAUGUUACCUUCAAACCCUUGGUCUUGAAAAAUCGGAAUUAGCCCAGAUUUCUUGGUGAGUAAGCAUUCGGCAUCUUAGUAAGUCAUCUGCUCUCUUACUCAGACUCGGUUAACUCCCAACUAUUUGUCAUUAUUUAAUUCCAAUUUAUUUUUGUGCUUGGUUUCUACUGAUGAAGCGCAGUCAUGUGCAAGGCGGACUCGCCAGUUUUGCCUGAUUUGUGCACGAUUUGUUCUUGAGUACGUGAUGGCAGACGGUGUACGCGAAAACGAAUCUUGGAAAGAUGUCGAGUCGAGUUAGAAUUAAAACAUUUAACCUUGGUGUUGCAGAUAUGGUCUCCUUUGCGACUCACUCCCAAGGCCGCAUUCUAGGCAGUUGGUGCCGGUCCCCUGUUACAGAUGUUUGAACCUAUAACCUUGUCUGCUUCCUUUAAAGUCGGUAACUUUUGGGGCUGCGUUGCCCGCCAUGCCUACCGUACCACCGCGACGCAAGGCUUUCUGUGCUGCAUGCGUUUAAGUACCGUAGACAAUGUAGCAGUCCGUUUUAUGUCACUUGAUAACGUUACUUUUCUGCAUCAGGAUGUUUAGUAGUUAUUUGUUACAUGUCGAUGCUUAAAAUGCCGCCACCUUGCUGUUGCACUCUCUUGGUGUUAGCCGGUGCCUGGUCUACAAAAGCCGUUAUCUCUAGUGUUGGUUCGCCCUUCUGUUGUCGUUUACCCUUUCCAAUACCGUACUUUGAGUGGGGUUGUCUUUCCUCUUCCACACAUUAGGAACUACAUGAAUGAUGUCCUGCGAACGGACGUCUUCGUCCGCUACUUCCCGGAGGCUGUCGCCUGUGCCUGUAUCUUCUUGGCCGCCAGGAAGUUGGGAAUUCCCCUUCCACGUUAUCCUCCAUGGUGGGAAAUGUUUAAUGUUGAUGAAGAAUCUGUGCAUGAAAUCGCUUUAUGUCUCCAACGUUUAUAUGUUAGGUCGAAACCUGAUGUUAGUGCCUUAGAACUGCGCCUCGCCGAAAUUCGCAAAAAACAAGCUGAGGCUAGAGAAGUCGCCCUUGCGAGUUCGGCAGCGUCCAGGUCACUGAAUAGUCGGCCUCUAGACGAUGCUAGCUCAGGAAAUCCGUCGCCGUCAAAAGCGCCAGUUGAUAACUCUAAACCAGAUGGUCCUCCCCAGACGGCAACUGUCUCACCCACGUCAACUACAAAAACAGACCCUUCCCUUAACCCCGGUACUCUUGCUGCCCAGUUGUCAGAUCUAAAAGGAUCCAGGAGUCGACGAUCUCCGGAAGAAAACCGAAAACCAACGAUGGAUAUCAACUCGCUAAACGGCGAGGUGCAGGCGGGUCUCAAGGAAGAUCUAGAUGAAAUCAAGUGAGAUGCCCUUAUGUGUCUGUUUCCCUAUUUACUUUUGUUAGCUGAAGCUGUUGUACUUGCUCAACCGUUCGCAAACAUGUUUGCCACUAUUGUCUACGUUCUUCUCAGUUUUCGAUUCUGCGUCUUAGUAAGUAACAAUCUGUCAGGAGAUUCGUGCGUUUGAUACUGUGACCUUUCUUGAGUCUAUUCUUUGCCCAGCUGAACGUCUUGCGGGUUCUUAUUAACCUUCUGUUCCAAGUGAACUUAAGGGCUUUUAACUGUUCUUUUACGUAGCAAGUACUCCCUUAUGCAGCCACGUAGGAUUAGGACAUCAUUCUUUCUCAGUUAGAUGCUGCAAUAAAAAAGAGCCAUAGCUAUUUGCACUCCACCUUACAUGACUUCCGUUGCCUUUUCAGCCGCCAGAAGUCGGAGAAGCGCCGACCUAGUGCAUAUAGCGAAGUUGAUCCCAAAAGCAGGAAAAGGAAAACUCGCUACCGGUCUCGGAGUCCAGUGUCAAGGAAAGAUCAACUGCGGUCUCAUCGGCGACGGCAUUCUUCGAGCACGAAUUCAGACGAGAGUUAUGACUCGAGGUCGCCGCCCCAGCGUGUUCAUUACUCGCGCAUUCAAGAGAAAGGAUCACGCUACAGUGGAUAUGACUACCGAAAGAAGUCACCUGCCUCAAGUGACAAAUAUAAAUCGUAUAAGAAACACAAAAGCAACAGACACCGCUCACACUCGGAUUCUAGCCUAUCAACAACGCCUAGCCCAUCCGAGCGGUCAUCUCGUCUGCCCCGAAAUAAAUCCCCACCAUCGAGAUCGACUGCUACUUAUCGUGCCGACUACGAUAAGGUUUCUUCCGACUUAGAUCUUGCAAAUCGUUCUAAGUCAUCUAAAGCUGUGAACGGCGUCUCUGGGCAAACCACAAAGUCCAGUAAACAAAGCUACGUAAGUAGCUCACGCAGUCGUGCCCGACAGUAGGACCAGUCUGCCGUGUCGGUUCUACUUUUUGUCAGAGGACACCUGAAUAACAUUCGUCCCCAGUACGCUUCACCCUCAAUACGUUUGCGCAAAUCAAAUGAGGGUGUUUCGCUUUGUACAGUACCCUUAUUUUCUAAGAGCCUUAUUAUACCGAAGUAAAUGUUUUCUUACUUUAAUUGCGUAAUUCGAAGCUGGUCCUACAUCUUAUCUGUAUCGAUCGUCGUUGGAAGAAACCGUCCGAGCCUCUGUUGAUACUGUGCGCUCGAGUAGCUUUUCUGCAUGGUUUGCCGUGUGUUUCUCGAAUUAAUAAGUUGCAAAAAUCUUCCGACUGUUAAUAAGGACAGGGGCCCGCCCGUACGUGUGCCUGUUCCCUUCCGACUGAUAAAAUCAUCCGUAUUUGCGCCUCACACCUUGCGAUGAUUAUCUUAUCUUGGUUGUGGCGUAUAGCAUUCUAAAAAUCGGCAAUUCAUGCUGUCCUCGAUUUGCUAUUUUCUCAUAUAGGUACUGCGUUUGCCUCUCAGCCUAUGCCUGUCAGUGAUAAAUUUGGGCCACGAUACUUGGAGAAUUUAAGUUCCUCCCGAACUUCUUGGUUCUAUGCUAUAAGCCGACGCGUCUUAUAAGUAAUUAUUCUGCUGUUGUACAGAGAUAUCGAAUGGCUCGCCUUGCCCACAGGUGACGCAUGGAUUUCUGCUCACCGUCAUAUAGUGCCUAACGGAGCUUACACCGGAUUGUCUUCAGCCUCACAUCUUGUCGAUGGUUUCGUAAAAUCACUGCGAAAAGAGAACAAAGUAAGUUUUUUGGUGAAAUUGCUAAUCGUCCUCUUUUUUGCUUAACUCUUUUUGGGAAUGCUAAGUUGGUGCUUCAGUACAUUUAACAGCUCUCUGCGUAGUUAGGCACCUGUAAUCAUUUUGCCAUAUUAACUGUCUGUCGGAGGAUACCGACUAUUUACUCCCCGAACACUCUAGUAGGAUGUCUUCAUCCACUCACAUCCGACUUUCGGACGAGCUGUUAAUCAACAACCACAUACUGUUUGUGGUGUCCUUUCUAUCGCCCAGGAACAUUUCCCACCAUCAGCUUAUAUAGCCUGCAUACGCUUGACAGACAUUGCUGGAGUCACUCAGGGGUCCCGUAAUGUCCUUUGCAUCUAUUCGGUGUAAGAAAACAACCGAAUCUUUCAUAACUUCUGUUGUAUUUCUGUCUUGUUUACUUCCACUUUAAGAUUCUGUUGACUUCACCGUAACACAUCCUGGUACUGCCUUUUAAGCCUAUGAGGAUUUCAAGCUUUAAUGUUGGAUGCCAAACUGUCGAGUCGUUCGUUUGCGCUGCCAAUACACAAGCACUCUUGUUGCCUUUCAAUUUCUGUAGUUUAUCGGAUCUGCUAGCGUUUUCCUGGACAAUUGUCUGUCUUGCCUUGAGCAGGUGUGACUUCACUUAAUGUAGAAUGUCACCGAAUCUUACGCUUGUCUAAAGUCCGUGGUCAUUUUAUUGUCUGAACCCAUUCCAACUAAGCUGUUUUCAAGGAAAUACUUAAAAUGGCUUCUCAUUUUUAACUGUUUUACAAUGACGGUGUCUGGGACGGCGACCGUGCCACCGUCCUGGAGGCAUACGGGUCUUACCUGUCGCACUCAACAGAACGGAUCCUGUGCUAGCAUCCUAUUAUACGCUUGACCCCUUCACAGAUUGUUGGAAAUUCUUAGGAUUCUUGGCGUUGGUCCGUCAAUCUCUGACAGUUCUGGAGGGGUUUGUAGAUUCAGAUUCGGUCGUACAUUCGUAUCGUUAGUAGUGCCUAUUCUUACCUUCUUUUAGACGCCGUGUGUGUUGGGAGACAGCCACAAAACACUUAGUAAGGUGUGGUUUGUCAGAAAGUCGUGAAGGUUCUGCUAGUAAGUUUCAGGUUGGGUUUUAGGGCGGCCAAAAGAGGUGCGGUACUACGAGAUCAUAAAUUUGUCAUGGGUGUGUUCAGUUAUUCGGAAGUAUUGCGAACUUAACCAACAUCCUGUCUUUGGAACUCGUGCACGUCUUUUCGAUUCGUGUUCAGUUGCUAGGAUCCUAGCCCUUCACGGCAGUUCUCAAUAUUUCUCUCCUGACUCGUCUAGCUCUCGAUGUGUCACAACAAGGGGGUGGUGAAGACGGGAUGUAGGAUGCUUGAUUACUUCGUACGUAGAUGGUUUCUGUGCUGAUUUUGAAGACGUGCUUCGCUAUUUCCAAGUUGAUUUCCGGUAAUAAGCCUUUAUCGUAUUAACCUUUUCUCAAUUAGCCAUCUGCUGCCCGGCUGCUGA